UUUCGCGUCUCCCUCUGAGUGUAUCACGACACCUGCUGGUUCCAACAUGAGCGGGAUUAAUCCACGCCAGUGGACCGACAGGAAGAAGCAGGCCCCUGCAAGAAAGCGACGAUUGGUGACCUACACCAUGCAGCCCUUGAACGAGCAGCCCGGACACCGCUUUGGCGUGAACCGCAUCAUGCGGCUGGGCGAGGACAUCCUACUCUCCGCCGGUCGCGACGGGGUGAUUCGGCGCUGGGACGUUUCCUCGAUGCUUGAUCAGGCAGCAGCAAGAGGAAGCGCCGGCAGCGGACGACGAGAUGAUGCCGACGACGCGGACGAACAUCAACUGCAGCACCCUCAGCCACCGUGCACCGGCGUUUUCGCCUCUCACACGGACUGGGUUACUGGCCUCGCGGUAGCCGAGGGCCGCAUCAUGGCAUCCGCGUCCUACGACGGCACCCUCAAGCUGUGGGACCUGGCGGCCGCAGAUAGAGCCCGCAACGCCGACAAAGGCGGACGAGAAGCAGCAGCGGCAGCGGCAGCAGCAGCAGCGGUAGUCGCCGCGCGUCGAAUGGAGGUCGGGGGCAGGGAUGAGGAGGACCACCGACGGGGGGGGCUAGGGGGACAGGGCGAGGAGGCAGCAGGAGAGGCAAACGGGCUAAGGACAGGCAUGCAUGGCGUCCAAGACACCGCUGCAAGAGCAGCGGCAUCGAACAGAAGAACGCCGCCGCUGCCGCCGCCUCCGCCGCCCCCCCGCCCCAACGCUCUGGCCACAGUCGCUGGCCACGGCGACUACGUCAAGUGCCUGACGUACGCGGAGCAGCGCGGCGUUCUUGUCUCAGGGGGGCUGGACAAGCGCAUCCUCUUGUGGGACCUGCAGCGGAUGUCGGCGCCGCUGAUGGUCCUGCGCGGCGGGUCGGGGGCAGCAGAGGGCGGCAGCUCGGACGGCGGCUGUGGAGGGGGGGGAGGAAGCGCGAGCAACAACGCGAUGAUGAAUUCCGCCGGCUACUCGCCGGCCGCGGGGCGACAGCAGGUGGGCGGGCAACGACAAGGCGCGGGGGCUCCGUGGUUAAGCGACGAGGGCGAAGGGGGGUGGCCCCACCUCAGGGACCCCUUGCGCGUGGCGCUGAGAGCAGGGCAGGCGGCGGCCGGGCCGAACGAGGUCCUGGAGCUGUGUCGGCAGAACAAGGGCUCGGUGCACUGCGUGGCGGCCGCGGCGGACGCGUCUCUCGUUGCGAGCGGCGGCACGGACCGCAUGAUCCGCCUCCUGGACCCGAGGGCCGGCGGGGCGCAGGCGGCCAAGAUCUGCAAGCUGGACGGUCACGGGGACAACGUGCGCUGCGUGAAGAUCGACGAGGGCGGCACUCGCGUGGUGUCCGGCUCCUCCGACGGCACGAUAAGGGUGUGGGACGUGCGGCAGCAGUGCUGCCUGGGCGUGUACGAGCUUCCCGGCGGAUCGGUGUGGGCGAUGCAACCGAGCCCCUGCGACUUGGACGUGUACUACAGUGGUGGCCGAGGGAGGCGGGUCUAUCGUACCGACUUCCGCACGGGAGAGAGCUCUUUGGUGUGCGUGACCGACUCGGAAGUUUUGGACAUGGAGCUCGAACUCGGUCGAGGAGGGGGCACCGAGAGCAGCGGCCCGUACGAGGAGCCCAUGUUCAUGUGGCUCUCCUCCACGCAGCCCCACAUCGCUCUUUGGGGGGGUGAGGCAAGCGGGGGCGGCCUGGCGCUCCGAUCCGGUCGCCCAGCAGCAUCGGCCGGGGUGGCGGCGGUGGCGGACGGCGAAGGGGACAGGGCGGAGGAAGACGACAUGGACAUGGACAUGGACGUGUUUGACGUCACGCCGCCGUUCCCCGAGGACCCAGCGGAGCGGGGAGGGGAAGCAGGGGGUAUGGGUGGCGAAGGCGGCGGGUGUCUCUUGGACGCCCCUGUCGGGCUGAUUCGUGGCCAGCCGGGGGUAGUGAGACACAAGGUCCUGAACAACAGGCGGCACGUGCUGACGGAGGACGACGCCCGCCCGCUGCCGAACGUGGCCUUGUGGGACGUGACCAAGGCCCGGCAGGUGGAAGCCUACCCCCCCGGGACCGUGCUGGAGGACAAGGAGCGCUCCCUCCUCGAGAUCAUCGCGGUGCGGCCGUGGUUCACGGUGGACACGCACCUGGGCACCCCGCUCGUGUCCCUGUCGGAGAGCAACGUCUUCGACGGCGAGCUGUACGCCGUGGACGCCCGCGGGGAGCGGCAGACGCUCCUCGCGUCGCCGCCGCCGCCGCCGCCGUCGCCGUCGCCUUCGCCGCCGCCGGCGGCGGGGGACAACGGGGUGGCGACGGCGGAGCCUGCGACGGAGCCCAAGGUCUCCCGGCAGCCCGCACCGUCAUCCUCCUCCUCGUUGUCUUCGGCCUUGCCGUCUGCGUCGCAAGGAAAGGGGGGGGCGGCUGUUGCGAAGACGACGCAAGGGGGGAACGCGGAUGGAAGCGUGGAAGGUGGGGCGGUUGCAACAGCGUCGGCGAAACCGAAGGGUGCGGCAGCGGGAGCGGAGCCAGGGCCGGGGCCGGCAGCGGCGGCGGCGGUACGGGCACCGAAGGGCCGCUCUGUGCAGGACGAAGUUAAGGUGAACCUCGGGGACGCCGCCCUUCGCGGGCUGUUCUCGCGUUGGGUCGACCAGCACCUCCGGCUGCACGACGACGGGGGAAGGGGGGGAGGGGGGACUCUAGCGUCUUCGGCCUCUCGCCGUCGGGACACCGGCGGCGGCGGCGGUAGCGCGUACUCCUCGGGGUACUCCGAGGAGGACUCCGAGGGCGGUGAUGACGACGACGAUGACGACGAGAACGAUUACGAGUCGAGAUCGGCUUCCACCAGGUCCGCUCAGAGCUCACAGGCUUCUCCCGGCCCUAAGGACGGCAGCAGCGGGGGCGCGUACUACCCGCGCGGGUCGGGGGAGAGCAGCGGCGGCGCCGGCGGCGUCCGCGGAAGCCACGUGCUGGACUUUGACUCAGUCGGAGGGGGGGGAGCGGGGCGAGCGAUAGGGGACGACACGAUGCUGUGGGUGACAGAGAUGGACCUCGGGGGACACGGGGGCAUCCAGCGGACCCUGCUGCAGAAACGGGUCGGGGAGUUCGACGGGAGGGAGGGGCAGGACGCCAUCCCGAACUGGGUGAUGGCGUGCGUUCUGCACGGGGAGUUCCACACCAAGGAGCAGGACAAGAUGGCGUUCUUUCUGGCCCCCUGGAUACCGCCAGAGCGAGGCGGCGGCGGCGGCCUCUCUCUACCGUCCACCCCGCACCGGCAGCCGCAAGGGAAGCGAGGCGGAGGGGGGAGCAGCGGGGCGGCGGGGGACGCGAGGAAGCCCGCCUCGCUGGGGGGUUCGAGGGGAAGCAGAGCGGCUGGCACCGCCGCCGCUGCCGCCGGAGGGAAGGCCGGCGGGGGGGCUGCGGUAGGGGCGGGCGGCGUGCCCUCCAACCAGAUGUCACAGAGGUUCACGGCUCCUGUGCAGAUGCUCGUGUCGAAGGUGGGUUGA